AUGUCUUCUUCUAAACCUUCCUCUCCCACUGCCCCUAUCAAGUACCCUUGGUGGUAUGGUGGUGUUGGUGGUAUAGUAGCAUGUGUUGCAACUCACCCACUAGACUUAGCUAAAGUGCGUCUACAGACCGCACCAUUACCUAAACCAACAAUUAUCCAAAUGGUAAACAAGAUCUUGGCAAGCGAAGGUAUCAAAGGUCUUUACUCCGGUCUUACAGCAUCAAUCUUGCGCCAAUGCACCUACACAAUGGCAAGAUUUGGGUUCUACGAAUUUGUUAAAAACAACUUCAUCCAGCCAGAUCAAUUAACUAAAACUUCAAUCCUUCUCCCAGUUUCCAUGCUUAGUGGUGCCAUCGGCGGAUUCGUAGGUAAUCCCGCCGACGUCGUCAAUAUCAGAAUGCAGAACGACACACAAUUACCCAUUGAACAAAGACGUGGCUAUAAAAACGCAUUCUCUGGGAUCACAAGAAUAGUCAAGGAGGAGGGCUUCAGAAAAUUGUUCACCGGCCUGGGUCCAAACCUGGUACGUGGCUGUCUGAUGACGGCUUCGCAAGCGGUUACUUACGACGUCUGUAAAAACUACAUGGUCACCAAAAUGCAGAUGGAUCCAACACAGAAGAAAACCCACUUCGGCGCCAGUUUGGUGGCAAGUUUGAUGGCUACCACAAUAUGCUCCCCAGCUGACGUUAUCAAGACAAGAAUCAUGAACGCCCACAAACAUCACGAAAACGCUCUCACCGGUAUGACGAAAGCCGUGCAAAAGGAAGGUUUACUCUUCUUGUUCCGCGGUUGGUUACCAAGUUUCGUCAGACUAGGUCCAAACACAAUUAUCAUCUUCCUAACUGUAGAACAACUUAAAAAACACAACAUAGGGCUGAACCUAAAACAAUGA